CUCAGGAGCCGCUGCGGGGGAGCCAGAAACUGAAGAUAUUUUUAGAGAGUAUUUAUAUGUCUGCUACAGGGGCAAGGUAAAAGGUCACGUAACUUAAAGGAUGAGCUCCGUGAGUGAAGGAGAGGACGUGCUCGCGCGAUGGACCGACGGACUCCUGUACGUGGGCAACGUGAAGAGGGUGGACGGGCUGAAGCAGUGCUGUCUCGUUCGCUUCGAGGACAACUCUGAGUUCUGGGUCCUACGCAAAGACAUCCACACCUUUGCAGGUGUGGGGGAGGACGUGUGUUGUGUCUGUGAUGGUCCUCCGCUCAAAGAGCCGCUCAUCACGUGUCUCAAGUGUCGGCACGGGUACCACGCGGCCUGUCAUGCGCCCCCUGUUGACCCGGAGGUGGACACAGACUCGUGGAUCUGCAGACACUGUGUCUUUGCCGUGGCCACGAAGAGGGGCGGGGCCAUGAAGCGCGGCCGUUUCGCCCGACUCAUGCAGUACAUGAAGCUGCGGCUGCCCUAUCAGCUCUCGGCUCUGGACUGGGACCCACAGCAUCUGACCAAUCAGCAGCAGUGUUACUGCUACUGCGCCGGGCCUGGAGAGUGGAAUCUGAAGAUGCUGCAGUGUGCUCGCUGUGGGCAGUGGUUCCAUGAGGCCUGCACCCAGUGUCUGUCCAAACCUCUGCUCUACGGAGACAGGUUCUAUGAGUUCGAGUGCUCCGUCUGCACCAAGGGCCCAGAGACCAUUCAGCGUCUGCCCAUGACCUGGGUGGACCUGGCUCACCUGGUCCUGUAUCACCUCUCUCUGUGCUGUAAGAGGAAAUACUUUGACUUCGACCAUGAGAUCCUGUCCUUCGCCAACGAGAACUGGGACUCUCUGCUGCUGGGCGCGCUGUCGGACACGCCGAGGCAGGAGCGCUGUCACCACCUGCUGGCCGCUCUCAACGUGCACAAGGACAGGUUUGUGUCGGGGAAAGAGAUCAAGAAGAAGAAGUGCCUGUUUGGACUCCAGGUGCGAGCUCCGCCCCCUUUGGCGUCAGACACCUCCCCCGUCCUGACCGAGGCUCCGGUCAGCAUCGGUCACCGCAAAAGCCCGCUGUCAGUGCCCUGUCCAAAGAGAGUGGGGGCGCUAGAGCCCCGCAAACCCAAGAGACGCCUCCCGGACUCACAGACGUGUCCUGCUCCUGCCGGCGUUGAUCACAUAGAGUGUCUCCCGUGUUGUCAUGGUUACAUGGGCGGGGCCAAUCUGUACAACAGGAAGUCGGAUCAGAGCUUCAGCCCGAGUCCUCCGUCCAAGCGCAUGUGGUCGUUUUAUCACAACUCGUACAGUGGAAGUGUGGGACUGUCCCGGAACCUGCACUACUACAACAGGAAAAUCCAGAACAUCUCCAUGAAGCAGAUCUGUGGAAAAGUUUCACAUUGCACCUUUAAGAAUCGGAGUGGGACGUGAGUGAUCCCAGAGCAGAGGCUGGAAGCACAGCUCCGUUUCUGUACCCAGAUCUUCAAACUAAACCGUAUGUUCUUUAGCUGUUAGUCUGAGGAGAGGUUUUGUAUUCUGUUUUUAAACACGAUGUACUUGAAAUUUACAUAUGUUAAAAAAAACAACUAUUUAUAGACAGUAUUUAACCUUCCUUUACCUCCCGGCCAAACUCUGAAUAAUUGGAGGUAAAGUUUGUUCCAGAUUGAUGAAGACUGGAGUUUGAGGACAGAAGAUCCAGAGGAGAACAGGUUCUGACUGUGUUCAGUGCGACACGUUCAUGAGGACAGAGCACAGACUGAAGAAGAUGAGUUCUGUGGAUGCGACACCUCCCACAGCGUUCAGCUCCAGGCAAACGAAGCUCAUCGAGGGGAGCGGCUUCAGGAGAGACUCUGGAGCCAGGUCCGUGUUAGGAAGAGGAAUUUAUUCACAGACAAAAUGGAGAAAUAAAAACACCAGGAUCAUGUAGAGCAGAUUAAAGUAGAGUGACCAGUGUCCCAGCAGAUUUAUACAAAACCAGUGAUUUGUCCCAGUUUUAUACAAGAAAUGUCCCAGAUGUUUCUAUUUAUGACCAAUCUGAGACUUAAACUGGCAUUUGUUUCGGUAAAAUACAAAAAAAAUCUGCUUAAAAACAACAAAAAACAAAGAAAAUGUGACUAUACUGACUCAUGAAAGGUUUCUGCUUGUGUUGUAGUCAAGCCCGCACUAAUCGAGACCAAGACCAGUCCCAGACCACAGGGUCCCAAGACCAAGACCUGAGGGUCGAGACCGAGACAAGACCGAGACUUUAAAAGACUGAAACCAAGACAAGACCGAGACCACGGCCCAUCGAGACCAAAUCGAGACCAUCUUUGUCAUUUUCAACAUUUAUUUGUAUUUUACAGUUACUUUGGCACAAAUAUAUCAAUUUUUAAAAAUAAAUCUAUCUCCUUUUUAUCACUGAUCGAGUGUCAGACCUCGAGACAAGACCGAGUCCGAACAUGGUUGAGUCCGAGACAAGACCAAAACCGCAAAAACCUGUCGAGGCCAAAACUGGUCUCGAUAACUAUGACACUAGUUUCUGCAGAACAGUUUCCUUAAUUUCUCACUCGUUUCACAAUUUAAUUAUUACCAACCACCAAAAAAAAUAAAAACUGCGAUGCCACAGUUUUUUAUUUUGAAAUUCUGGUCACUCUAGGUUAAUACUGAGUACAAAGUGAAGUGGAGCAGGAAGAGCCCCCAUGCUCACUUCCUUUAGGAACAUACAAAAAUAUAAACAGUCUAUGGUCCAGAUUCAUGACAGUACAGGUCUGUCACGAUUUUCUUCAUAUGGGCCAUGUUUUUAUGGAGUUUCAUAAAGUCAAAGUUCUUAUCAACCCGCUCUACAUGAUCCUGUUUUUUUUUUUAUUUCACUUUUGUCUGUAAAUAAAUUCCUUUUCCUGAUACGGAACCGACUUUGGGUUUGGGUUAGUACUCAUGUAACUGCAGACCUCGAUGAGCUUCAUUUGACUGAAGCCGAACGCUGUAGGUGACGUCUCACUCCCUCAGACCUGCGUGAAGUCGCCUUCAUCAAACGCACAACUACAAAAACUACACCAGUCAUUUGUGCUGCUUUAGUUUUGCAAAUAUUAACAAUUCUUUUACAGGUCAAACUGGGGUCAGCAGCUUCAAAAUGCUCCAAAAUGACACAAAAUGGAGUCAGACGUUUGUGCUUCGUUUGUGUUUGGUUUGUGUGAUUCUGGUUCUUAAGAUCUGAACAGUUUUAUUUUAGUCGAUGACGUCGUUCAGCCCCACAAAAUGUGAAACAGCCUCAAAACAACAGAAAAUUAAACCAAACAUUUGUAUUUGGUUUGUGUUGUUUUGUGUGUGUCUGUUUUCAUUUGUGUGAGUUUAUUUCUAAAAUUAUUAAUAUUGUUUUUGUGUAAAUUAUAUUUUGGUCAUUUCUGUUCAGCUGACGACAACAAAACUCCACAAAACGAGUGAAGAGAAACGACCUGAGGCUGUGGAAAAGUCUGUGAUUAUAGAAAAUAUGAAUCAAAAGCAAAUUAUUAAAGGCUGAUCCAGAUUUUUCCACAGACUCGGGUCGUUUCUCUUCACAAAAACAAAGGUUUGGUUUAAUUUUCUGCUGUUUUGAGGAGCUGGACGACGUCAUCGACCCAAAAUAAAACUGUUCAUAUUUUCCCACGCUCAUGGAAAUCCUAGAAAAGUUAUUGAAGUUUGUGAAUUCAGUGAAAGUUUUGGAAAAGUCCUGGAGUUUUAGUCUCUUUUUCCCUCAGCUCCAGUGUUCUGUUCAGUUUUCAUGAGUCUGUUCUGAUUAUUUCUGAACGUCUGAGUCUUUUGUUUAAAGAGACGACAAUAAAUGCACUGACAGGAUUUAAAAUGUUCAGAAACUAUGAUCCCAAACCAUAAGGUGAGAGGAAAGAGUUCAAGUCUGAUCAGUUCUACACAUGUAGGUGCUGGAAAUUCAUGGAAAAUUCACUUUGGCUCAUGGAAAAGUCAUGGAAAAGUUUGGAAAUUUCGUCAGUGAACCAGAAUCACACAAACCAAACUUUUUACAGCACAAACGACGCACAAACGACUGACGUAGUUGUUGUGCAGUUGUGUGUUUGAUGGAGUCGACCUCACACACUUCGUCUCCGUCUGUGCUCGUCACUGUGAGCGGCUCGUGUCUCCACAGACCUGACUCUCAUUUAUCCUCCUCCCGCUCGUUUCCUUUGGCUGAAAUAGUCCACAACACACCUGUCUGCACAGAGAAUGUUCCGAAGUACAGCUUUACCUUUAUGUUUCCAUGGAGUCAUGCAUCUCCAGAAAGUUACACCCUGUAGCUUUACGUUUUUAAGUUUGUUUUAGUUCGUUCAGAAAAGGGUUACAGUUUUUAAUUUUUACAUUUUUUUCUAUAUUUUCUGCAGUUUUGUGUGAUUGCGACGGCCUCCACAGGAACUUUUCACACACUACGGAACAUUUUAGUUUAUUCUUGACUAAACCGUAUUUAUUUUUGGUUUGUUUUAUUCAAAGACCCGGGGCUGUGGAGCUUCUCACGGUCCAUGUCUCUGGUGUUUUUUGGCGUGGGUCAUGAGCUCAGGGUCGGACACACGACUGUCGGCAUCUCAACACAACUUUUGUAACCGCGGCAACAAGUCUCUGACACACCGGAGGAUGCAACGUUCCUUUUUAGAGUUUAUAUUUUAUACAGAGGAUAAUUCUAUCUCCAGUCCGUGCACUUUUAUUUACAAAGGAUAUUUUCAGGAAGUGUUUGUUUGUCACGCCCACAGUUCCCCCUCCGGACUGCAGGGGGCGCUCUACUACUGUUACUCUUCUGGAUGUAUCACAGCAGAUUUUUGAAGUAGUCAAGUCCAAGUUCUGUUUAGUAUUUUUGGAAUAUUUGAGUUUGUAAAUGUAUCUUUGCUGGUGUAAAAUGAUCAAAAUAAACUUCUUUUACUUAGUCUGAAAA